GCAGGUCUACAAAUUAAACGUCAAGAAAAGUAUAAAUACAAAUACCAUUUCUUGUUCAAAAUUCUACGAAACUGUAAAAGGAACGGUGUUUUUGGAAUCUAAGAACAUUGGAGUAGUUGUUUUGUUCUAAGUUAAGCAAGCUAAAUGCACUAGAUAAGUCUACAAGUGAGCUAUGGCACGUACCAAGCAGACCGCCCGUAAAUCCACUGGUGGAAAAGCACCCAGGAAACAACUGGCCACCAAGGCUGCAAGGAAAAGUGCGCCAUCUACUGGCGGUGUGAAGAAACCUCACCGAUACAGGCCGGGUACAGUGGCUCUGAGAGAAAUUCGUCGGUACCAGAAAUCCACUGAGCUGCUGAUCAGAAAACUGCCUUUUCAGCGGCUGGUCCGUGAGAUUGCCCAGGACUUCAAGACAGACCUCCGCUUCCAGAGUGCUGCCAUUGGUGCUCUGCAGGAAGCCAGUGAGGCAUACCUUGUUGGCCUGUUUGAGGACACCAACCUAUGUGCCAUCCAUGCCAAGAGGGUCACCAUCAUGCCCAAAGACAUCCAGCUGGCCAGGCGAAUCCGAGGCGAGCGUGCAUAAUAUGAACACUUUGAACUCUUGAAGGGAAGGUGGGUGGGAUUGGCUGGGGUGUUCAACCAUAAAUUACUAUGCUGGACAAAAAUGUAUAAAUGCAACAAUUUCAUUGCUUUUACGAGUUCAUAAGGCAAUCAGUCAAUUUAAAUAAAUUCAUUAGGCCCUAAUCUAUAGAUUUCACAUGACUGGGUACAGGUAUGCAUCUGUUGGUCACAAAUACCUUAAUGGGACUCAGGAUCUCAUCAGUUGAGCAUUCAAAUUGCCAUCAAUAAAAUGCAAUUGUUUCUAUUGUCUGUAGCUUAUGCCUGCCCAUACAUAACCCCACCAUGGCGCACUCUGUUCACAACAUGGACAUCAGCAAUGGUUGAAGCCGGUUGGAUGUGCUGCCAAAUUCUCUUAAAUAAUGUUGGAUGAGGCUUAUCGUAGAGAAAUCUACAUUCAAUUCUCUGGCAAUAGCUCUGGUCGACAUUCCUGCAGUCAGAAUGCCAUUUUCAUGCUCGCCCAACCUGCAACAUCUGGCAUUGACCACUGCGUAUUUUAUAUUGGCCUUUGUCCCCAGCACAAGGUGCCCCUGUGUAAUGAUCAUGCUGUUUAAUCGGCUUCUUGAGAUGCCACACCUGUCAGGUGCAUGGAUUACAUUGGAAGAUGAGAAAUGCUCACUAAUGGGGAUGUAAAACAAUUUGUGCACAGUUUAAGAUUUUUGUGUAAAAUAUCUGGGUUAUUUUAUUUCAGCUCAAACUUGGGACCAAAUUGUUAUUUUUGUUCAGUGUAUGUAGUUUUUGUAUGGUUUCAUUAGUAGAAUAAAAGCUUGGUUUAUAGUAUGAGUAGCAAGUUUCAUGCAAAAACAUUUCUAAUCUUUUCUCUCAGGUUUUGAAACUUUUUUUAAUUGUUAGUUUAUACUUUUAGGUCAUAAUGUAGUAUGCAUAUCACAUUAUGGACAUUUGUUGUAAAUAAACUUUCCACUACCUCA